GCGCGUAGGGUCAUUACGCCUUUAGCUGUAAAAGUUUAAAGAUGCGCGUAGGGUCAUUACGCCUUUAGCUGCAAAAGUUUAAAGAUGCGCGUAGGGUGUUUUAGACCAAAAGUUUUGUAACUUCGAAAUGAAGUCUAACCAACCUCCAAUUCUCUUUGUAAGAUACCUUUUGAUUUUAAGACUCAUUGUCACCAGUUUACUUCCGGAGGGCCGACGGAAACCUCAACCGACAAGAGACAAAAGAAUCUAUUAGAAUCAUCAGACACAUCCAAGCAACUCCCAAAAGACACACUGCUUUUACCUGUUUACAAUUUUGAAUUUUGUUUUCCGUUAAAAAUCAUCGGAGAUUGUUACGUAAUCGUCAUCAACGAAAAUACCAAACCAGGCGCGUACACAGGGUGCCCCCCCCUCGACCUUGGCGGCCAAAAAGUGGGUCAAUUCUUAUUUAGGGGUCUUCAAAUACUAUGUUUUUCCAUAUGAUACCAAUGACUGCACAUCCCCCUCGGCCAAUCCUGAGAACGCGAGAAUCCUGCAUGCAAACAUUUUACAAGCAAUCCAUUGUUGGCUAAAAAGAUUCCAAGGAAUAAAAUGAAGCAAGCCAACUGGCUGCAAAAAAAAAUAAAUAAAUAAAAAAAAAAAAUAAUAGAAUAUGAAAAAUAAUUUCUGUUUAUCACCCCGUCAUCAGAUAUCACAUGGCCGGCUCUUCACCCACAGCUUCUCGCCCCAGGCCACUUAUGACACGCAACCCACAAAGCAUGUCAUGUGUUUUAAACUUCCCUGUUGUGUCUUUUCUAAUUGCUGCUCCUUUCUCGUCAGUGGCCUCUAGCUAUUAAAAACACCUUUAGUAGAGAAAUAAUUUAUCGAAAAAAAUUAUCCAUACUUCAAGCAAAUAUGUUUGUAGCUAGAAGAAGUAGAAAACAUAUCUGCGGGAAAAUCAUAAAUCGAAAUAAGACCAGCAUGUAAUACGUUUUUCGUUUAAACCACCCUACAUUAUUUCAUUAAAGCUUAUAUAUGCAAAACAUUUACUAUUAGACAGCUUCACGAUCAAAUCAGCCAAAAUGGAAAUCCCUUAAGCGAUUAUUAAACAAGGUAAAAAUUCAGGUUUAAUGUUUUUCGCGUGCGUUUUGCCUUACAGUUUUUGUUGGCUUUUAAACCAGGUAACAAAAUUAAAAAAUAUAAUUAUGUAUGCGUGAGCGUUUCUAUUCAAUUAUGCAUGAUAUACCUCACAAUAUAAAACAUAACGGGAUAAGUGCCUUUAACCACUACCCCUGAGAAAGUCACAUAUGCUUUUAAGGAAAAAUAGAUUCAACCUCACAGGGGAUAGCAAAAUAGAAUGAUAGAGUCAACUAAAGCCCAAUGAAAUUUGAUAUAAAGAAACAUUUGAAGAAGACGCGUCUAUCGCCAUAGGAGUUGAAGCGUUUUGGAGCAUUUGGCGCGACGAGAAAAAAGGGUCUUCUCAAAGAAUGAAAUCAAGCUAGAGAAGGAAGGAGGAAGGAACUAUCUUGCUCUAUAAUAUGCGAGAUUAUUCGCAUAAAAUUGGGAUGAUUUCACCUCAGGCCAUUAUUCCCUGAAAACAAUACAACAAAUCGUUCAAAUUGUGGCAAAACGUAUAGCGAACACACACAAGAAGAUUGCCAAGCAUUAGCCAAUAGUCGAAGAUUUUAGCGAGGAAUAGACCUUCAGCUGUGACAAGCUGUUUCCUAAUAAACCGGGAUAAAAAGAGGGAAAAUAAACCGGAAAAAAGCACAAGCAUUUAGACAGGGAACUGAACUGAACUUGGUUUAAUCUUGAAAAUAGAAAUACUGGACGAGAAAAACGAAUUUUGUUAGCCUGACAGGAAUUUUAGCGAAUGUUCUUGGUAAUCCUGGAAGGUGGGAUACACUCGAAUUAAUGCCCGUGAAAUCUAUUCGUAAUUAAACGAAAAAAAAAAAUGGCGAAAGCAACUUUAAUGGAAUUCUUCAGAAAGAAAUAAAAGAAAACUGGAGACUAAAAAAUCCAGAUUAGGCUUUGAUUGUUCCACCAAUAAGAGGCGUGAUACCAUUGGCUUAAAGCAAAGCCCUUUGAGAUCGAAGAAAAUCUUUCCGUCAAAGAGAGGUAUUAUAAAAACGGUAAUUACGCAGUACAAUUUUAAAGGACACUGAGGAAAAGCACUUUCGGGGGGCGUUUUGUGACUUACAAAAGUGAUUCACACAAGAGAAGUCUUGAAGAACCAAAUAGGAGGAACCUUUAAGAGCUCUUUGCUAAGAGUGGAUUGCGAUCAUUUGGCAGGAGUACAGGAAGAAAAAGGAGCGGUUGCAACCUGCUGUUUCUUGAUGCAUAUAAUAAAGAUAAAGAUCAAGAUAUCUUAUUAUAAAGCGCUAUCUACGAGUCAUAAAUGUUACACAUUAACGGCGAAUUUUUUAUAACCGUCUAGAGCAGAGGUCUGAAGAGGAAAAAGGCAUAAUUUGUUUGCAUUUAUACUCAAAUUUGCAUUUUUCGCAGCAUUUGAGAAGAACUUCUAUAGUUUUUGUCUCCUGGAUUUGACAGUGCAAAGGGCCUCGUCUGAAGUGGGUGUAAGAUACUCGAGACCUCGUCCUAGUUUCUUAUAGCCUCUAGAAUACAUCUGUGUGGAAUACCAAGCAAUCGCAAGCUCAGUGGUGAAGAUACGCCACACGGAGUUAGGUCUCUAACCCCAGCAAGCCACCAUGUUGUACCCGACAAACCAUAAAUUGCACAACACAAGUUAUGAUAAUAACAAUUCGAAGUACACUGUAAUCCAGCCGUCUACGUCUCAGAAGGAGUUCGUGGCUGUAACUCUAUUUUUUUGCCUGUUGAUUAUCGUGAAUCUGGUUGGGAACGGUUUGAUAUUCGCUGCGUACGUUGUGAACGCACGUCUGCGGUCAAUCACUAACAAGCUGAUCCUGGGCCUAGCCGUGAGCGAUAUGCUUGUGGGGCUGGUAUCUAUACCUUUAUGGGUCUACAUCUCCACCAUGGAGUUCACAGGAGCGCCUUACAGCAAGGCGACAUAUCACUUUUACAUAACUUUCGAUAUCUUCGUCGGAUCGGCGUCUAUACUUCAGUUAACCUCCAUGAGUAUUGAGAGAUGCCAUGCAAUACUUAGACCUCUGCAUCACCGGACGCUAUCGCAAUGCGCGUUUCGUACUUUGAUCUCCAUUCCUUGGAUCUUCUCCGCGCUGAUCGCUGCACUUCAUCCCAUUCAGUAUCACAGCUGGCAAGAGGUAUACACGCUACUAAUGGCUACCACGUGCUUCUUUAUUCCCUUCGUCAUCAUUGUUACCGCGUAUGUGUGUAUCUAUAUCGCUGCGCGCGCAAGACCAAGUACAGAGAGUUUUCGGUUCCGCCAUCGUAUGUCUCAGCGGAAUUCUUUCCGCAAGGAAGUCCGUCUUUCUGUAACCAUUGCUGUUAUUACCGUUCUGUUUGUCAUUGCUUGGAUGCCUCUAUUUGUGCUAUCUAUAAUCGCUACGUACUUCCCAUCAAGUCUUGUAAUCUCCGCCUCUACAGACAGACUCCUGAAGUUCGCAAAGUGGAUGCAUUAUAGUAACAGCUCUUGUAACCCGUUUCUAUACGCGUUCCGGAAUCAGGAAAUGAUACGGACUUUCAGGCGGAUUAUAUCCAAGCUCUUGUGUGGGUAUUUCACCCCGCGCUUGCGGUCGUACGGCAGUGGAAGGACAAGCCGGCGUGCGGCUUCGUACAGGGGUUCCGACCCUAACUAUGACAUCCCACGAAUGAACUCAAUCAGAGAUAGAAGGGACGCUAACUGCAACGAGCCUAAGCCCGUUUAUAACCCCGUUAUGAUGCUCUCUUCUGUGUAGGUUAAAAUGGAGUGGUUUUAUAUGAUUGUAAAUUUGUAUCACAUAUACCCUGACUUUCCGAUGGAGGAAUGUGAUUUCAACGGGUGAAAAAGGAAAACAAACAAUAAAAUUGGUUGUGGAUAAUAGAUAAAAAAACACGUUCUGUCUGAUGUAACCAUUUUUUUUUAUAAAAAAGUCCAGCGAAAUUUCAAUAAAUUCCAAGAACACUUCGAGUGCCACAAGACA